UCAGUUCCCAUUUCCUGCAACGCAUCACUGGCUGUUGGACUAAGUGCGGAGAAUAAAAACAAGAAUCGAUACAAGAACAUCAGUGCAUAUGAUCAUUCUCGAGUACAACUAGUUGCCGAUAGCAGCAAAGGACAAGGCGACUACAUCAACGCUUCCUUUAUACAGGGUUACCACAAAAAAGAGACGUUUAUAGCGUCACAAGGUCCAAGCAAAGUCAUUCUAGGAGACUUUGUACGACUUUUGUGGGAACAGAAAUCAGACAUAGUUGUGAUGCUAACUAAUCUUGUUGAACAGGGAAAGCAAAAAUGUGAACAGUACUGGCCAGAGACCACUGAUCUGGAACUGGGUGAAAUUAUUGUAAAACUCCUUUCAUCUCAGGUGUUAUCUGACUGUGUUAUCCGAAAACUGCAACUUAUAAAGAAUCAGGCCACACACACUGUAACCCAGUACCACUUCACCACCUGGCCUGACAAGAGCGUCCCCUCCACUCCCUGGGCUCUGGUUGAUUUCCAGCAGCGGGUAUUCUCACAGCCCACCAACAAGCCUAUUGUUAUUCACUGCAGUGCUGGUGUAGGAAGAACUGGCACAUUUAUUGCUCUGAGAAAUGUCAUAAAAGAGGCAGAGGACACGGGGCACAUGGAUUUUUACACUACAUUAUGCAAGCUAAGGCAAGACAGGAUCAACAUGAUUCAGACUGUUGAACAGUUCAUAUUCUUACACGAAGCUGCUCAAGUUGCCAUUGCAUGCCUCGGUACCACUAUAGCUUCAGGUGAUCUCAGUCAGAAAAUUGAUGAGCUAGAGGAGAAAACUGCUUCUGGGCACAGCAAAAUGGAAAAGGA